GCCUAAGCAAAGCUAAAAACGAGAAAUUAUAUGCAAAAUGCAAUACGCAAACUUUUUUUUUUUUGGUCUUCCCCAAGAACACCUGCCAUUCAAUUUGUGAAUUUCUGGAGAAAAGUUUUUAGAUCAAUUUUUCUAUUUACAGCAUUGUUGUUGUUUGUUUGUUUCGAAUCUUCAUUCGGGAACGACUUUGAAGAAUUGUAAAGUAUCGAUUGUAACCUCCCUUUCGCGACACUCUUGCUUCACUUUCUAGGGGUUCCCGAAGGCAGGAUAUUGAGAAUUUGAUCUUCCCUAUUCGGCAUCAGUUUUUUAUGGAUAUGAAGUAUUAUGCAGGAUACUUCUGAUGCCUACGUUUCUGGUACAUGGUUCUGUUGGAGAGAAUCAUUUAGGAAAGAAGCUAAAGUGAUUAGUUCUAUCCUUGGUGACAUAGAAGCUUGUGGUUGAGUUUUGAAUCAUCCUGAUUGUGGGCCAUAUUUCCUUGAGAUUCUGAGAAGCAGCAUCCUAAAAUGGGAUGGAGGGGAAUUUUAGUCUCGUUACUAUUUUCCAUCACAUUGGUUGAAUCGUCAGGCAAUUCUGGAAAAUUGUGGUCGCUGUACAUAGUUUCAGGAUCAUCUCCACUUUAUAGUUGUGCUGUAUACAGUGCUGGUUUUUUCGUACUGGUGGCUGUUGUCCUGUCUAUGUAUCUAAUUGUUGAGCAUCUAGCUGCAUACAAUCAGCCUGAGGAGCAGAAGUUUUUGAUUGGACUGAUCUUGAUGGUUCCUGUUUAUGCAGUGGAAUCGUUCUUAUCUUUAAUGGACUCAAAUGCCGCAUUCAACUGUGAGAUCAUACGCGAUUGUUAUGAGGCUUUUGCACUAUAUUGCUUCGAGAGGUAUCUGAUAGCCUGCUUAGGUGGAGAGAAAAACACCAUCGAAUUUAUGGAAAGUCAAAGUGUCGUAAGUUCCUCCAGCUUGCCUCUGCUGGAUGAUGCAUAUGCAUAUGGAGUUGUUGAACAUCCUUUUCCAUUGAAUUGCUUUAUCAGGGAGUGGUAUCUUGGUUCUGACUUCUAUCAAGCAGUAAAAAUUGGGAUAGUGCAAUAUAUGAUACUCAAGAUGAUAUGUGCUUUACUGGCUAUGGUUUUUCAUCUUUUUGGCAUCUACGGUGAAGGCAAAUUUGAGUGGAGAUAUGCCUAUCCGUACUUGGCAGUUGUUCUUAAUUUUAGCCAGACGUGGGCCUUAUAUUGCCUUGUGCAGUUUUAUUCAGUCACCAAGAAUAAAUUAGCACCGAUUAAGCCGUUGGCGAAGUUUCUGGUAUUCAAGUCAAUUGUGUUCUUGACGUGGUGGCAAGGGAUAGCUGUUGCCUUUCUGUUGUCAUUUGGAACAUUCAAAGGUUCUUUGGCACAGCUGUUGAAGACAAGGAUCCAGGACUAUAUCAUCUGUAUUGAGAUGGGCAUUGCUGCUCUGGUACAUCUUUAUGUUUUCCCAGCAAAGCCUUACAAGCGUGGAGAAAGAUGUGUCAGGAAUGUAGCUGUGCUGUCAGAUUAUGCCGCUCUGGACACCCCACCAGACCCGGAGGAAGUUCAGGACUGUGAAAGGUCUACCCGUGUACGCAUUUCUCGGCCUGAAGAGAGAGAGAAGCGUCUAAAAUUUCACCAGAGUGUUCGUGAUGUAGUUGUUGGAAGUGGUGAAAUAAUAAUUGAUGAUAUGAGGUUCACAGUAUCUCAUGUUUCGGAACCAGUUGAAAGAGGAAUUGCUAAAAUAAAUAGGACUUUCCAUCAGAUAUCAGAAAACGUAAAACGGUAUGAAGAGAGGAGGAGGAACUCAAAGGAUGAUAGUUAUAUUGUUCCGCUGAACUCAUGGACAAAUGAGUUCUCUGAAGUACAUGAUGAUCUUGUUGAAGGGAGUAUGAGCGACAGUGGGAUGCAUGGCAAGAGACCACAUCAUCAAUCCAAAGGGAUGUCAUCCUUACGGAGAUAGUAGACCCUUUAAUCUAACCUAGAAGAAGGGUUUGGAUUUCAUCUUCUAACCAUAUCGUUCAUUCAGUAUCCACUGUGGAGAUUUUCCACAUUGAGAUAAUAUGGUAAGCAACCUAUAUUAGGAGUGCACAUGAUUAUUGAGAAGGCACCUGUGAGGUUGAAGUACUGGAAAGACUUGAAUAGCUGAUGAUUUUACAUAUGUAAAGUUUGGAGGAAAACUUAGAUAAUGACAUGGUUGGAGGAGUAAACUGAUUAAAUAGUUCGUAGAGGUGUGAGAGAGAAAAUAGUCAGCUACUAAGUUCUUGGCUGAUCUCCGAAAGAGUAAGACUUUUUACUGUUACUUGUGAAUGAAUUUUUGCACCACACUACAUAGUCCUCCAAAUGUAUUUACUUUCUUGUGGAGUUCUCUCAUGUUGGUGAACUUCUCUACUUAGUUCUGGAUUUUGUCAGACGUACAAGUAUCUCUCCAUGCUGACAUGUGUUUAAUUAUA